AUGUAUUUUUCUUCGUCUGCCAAACUGUUUCUAAUUUCCCACUUCGCAUAUAUUACACCUUCUAUAUUCAUAUUAAAAAAUGUUAAUUCUGAAUUUUCCAUUUUUCCUGACAUAAUCUAUCUAUCUAUCUAUCUAUCUAUUAAUAUCUAUUUAAGUCUAUUCAUAUUUAGGGCUAUUCAUAUCCAUCUAUCUAUCUCAGUCUAUUCUUAUCUAUCUAUCUAUCUAUCUAUCUCCGUCUAUUCUUUUCAUCCAUCUAUCUAUCUAUCUAUCUAUCUAUCUAUCUAUCUAUCUAUCUAUCUAUCUAUCUAUCUAUCUCAGUCUAUUAAUAUCUAUUUAAGUCUAUUCAUAUUUAGGGCUAUUCAUAUCUAUCUAUCUAUCUAUCUAUCUAUCUAUCUAUCUAUCUCCGUCUAUUCUUUUCAUCUAUCUAUCUAUCUAUCUAUCUAUCUAUCUAUCAUAGUCACAUUUUCUUUUCUUUUUUUUUUUUGUCAAUUUCACUCUCUUCUUCACCUUUACCUUUCUUCAUUAUUCAUUCUUUUCUUGCUUCUCUCUUUCUUUAUCUCGUUCUUUUUCUUUCAUUUUCUUCUUUUACGCACCGUUGCAUUUCUCGUUUCUUCUGUUUGUAACUAUACUCUCCACGUUUUUUUCUCUUUUCUUCUUCAUUAUGCUCUCUCUUCCCUAAUCCUAACCCUCUCUCUUCCUCUUUUUCUCGUUGCAUGCUUCGAGUUGAUGUAUCUAUACCCUUCUCUUGAGAAUUCUGUUUCUUUUUUCUGGGCCAAUUUCCGACAAAGAGGAUUCUUUCUAGGACGAUAUCUGAUAAAUAGGAUUCUUUAUUCUUUCUCCCGUCAGUCUUAA